CAACACACAUGUAAAUUGGGUGCCCAAAUAAGCUAUUUAGUUUUUACCAGUAAAACUUUGAUGGUGUGCAUGCCGGUGCCGUGCUUAUUUUUAACAGCCCAACCGCCUUAACGUUACAGUCAAAUCUCAUUUGAUCACCCGACCACCGUCCAGAAAUCCCAUUACGCAAUUCUAAAGUUGAGCGAUCCCCACUUCUAGGCGGAUUACAUAUAAACACAGAGAGAGGAGAGCGAGUAAAAAAUAAAAAAAUGGGGUCUUUGAAGACACAAACUGAAAUGGAAAGAAUCGAAGAAUCUGAAUCAAAAGAAGCGAUCCUAUAUGUCAAUGGUGUUCGUCGAGGUUUGCCUGAUGGGCUUGCCCACUUAACUCUUCUCGAGUAUCUCAGAGAUAUAGGUCUGACUGGAACGAAGCUUGGGUGUGGUGAGGGUGGUUGUGGAGCAUGCACUGUGAUGAUUUCUUAUUUCAAUCAAAAUUCGAAGAAAUGUGUGUGAGUUUCGCUCCCUCCUU